ACACAAACGCAGAAUUUUCUCAUACAGUCAAUCGAGCUACUAGUGGGGAUCGAGACUUGGAUUUAUUUUCGGUGCGGAACUUCCGACAGGAUCGCCAGGUUCGUCAUCGUGGAGAAUAAAUAGAGUGCGCCGUGAAAUAUUUAUAAUUUUUCAAAAAUAAGCCGCAAGGGGGGGAAGUACCUGCCCCCACGCGAUAAUAAUAACCCAAGUGAAGAAUAAAUAAUAACACCGCGCGCGGCGCGGGCCAAGUGUUUGUGAUAUUAAUAGAGCCAAGUUCAGAAUUGUUUUGAAAACAUUCGAGCGGAAAAAGGUGUGUGUAAAUUCCAAUCAACCCCGAAAUCGGAAGCUCUUUAAAGGUUACCGGGAAGCUGGCGGAAAAUUCAAGCUUUGCCCAACGAGAGUGAGAUUUUCCGUGGAAGGAAAAGAGUGUGGAAUCGUGGAAAGAGGAAACAAAUAAGAUAAGUGAAUGGCGUUGGUGGUGGCCGGAAAAAUCGAAUCUCAAUGAAAUGUGAUUUUCAUGAAAAAAUAAAGAGCUCCUAGUGCUGCUGCAAAGGGAAGGUGGAAAAGUCGGAAAACCGUCGGUGGAAAUAUUGAAUUAUCCUUUAACCUCCCCCUCCUGGCGCAGCUGUGGAACACACACUCACACAGCGAAUACAUAAGCUGGCAGUUUGAUAAAAGCACUAAAGAUUUCCACCUUCUGGCUCCAUUCACAACGUUUUUCGAGAGUGGUUUCGUGGUGCUCGAAGUGGAAAUCGGAGCCAAGUCUCGGAUCAAGUGUGUUAAAACAGCAGCGGAGAAGUGCCUAAUUGCAUAACACACACGUACACGUCGCUCCCUGGACCUGGAAUAACCUUGUCAACCCAUUAUCGUCGUCGUCGUCGUCGACUUGAACAGACCACACCGUCAGGAAAGAACCGGUAACGUGCAGCAAGACUUUGUGAGUUCUCCCGGCGAAGCAAAAAAAAUAAACGACGAAGUUGCAAUUGUUUUUUGUUGGUGUUGUUCCCGCCCGUGGCAGAGUGGAAAUCCGGACUCUGGGCCGGAAAAAGUGACCGUGUUAUUGCUGGCGGCAGUUGAGGAAACUUUGUCGUUUGUCCGGGAAGGAAAAUAAAAUAAAAAAGCAGCAAUUCUGAGAAUAGAAAGACCGGAAGUGGUCAACAAAUCACACAGCUCAAACAAAAAAAAAAACAAGUCAUUCGUGACUGCGUGGUAGUGUGGCUUCUGUUGGUGUGUGUGGGUGAGCAUGUCUGCGAGGGGCUGUGAGUGGAUGUUCCGGUAGUGUUUAAGUGAAGAGUGAGGAAGACUGAAGAAAGAAGCUAUUUUCUACCACAGCAGAAAGAGGAAGUGCGACAAACCAAAGGAUUGUCGCUUUUUUUUCUCACCGUAGUUGGUUUCGUGACGUGUGUGAUCCGUGUUCUAGCGGAGGCACGAACCCAGAGCAACCGUACUUAGCAGGAAGGCAGGAGUUAAGCCAGUAAAACUGGAGCACCUAAAUUAGCACCGUUGAUUAGCGCACUCGGAGGCAGCAGCAGAAGCAGCAGCAAAAGGCACCAAGGAUGGGCAGGAAAAAGAUUCAGAUCUCACGGAUAACGGACGAACGGAACCGACAGGUGACGUUCAACAAGCGCAAGUUCGGCGUCAUGAAGAAGGCGUACGAGCUGUCGGUGCUGUGCGACUGCGAAAUCGCCUUAAUCAUCUUCAGCAGCAGUAACAAGCUGUACCAGUACGCCAGCACGGACAUGGACAAGGUGCUGCUCAAGUACACCGAGUACAACGAGCCGCACGAGUCGCUCACGAACAAGAACAUCAUCGAGUUGCAGGUAAACGCGCAGAAGGAGAACAAAAACGGCACGAUGUCGCCGGACUCGCCGGAACCGGAGGACAGCUACACCCUGACGCCCCGCACCGAGGCCAAGUACAACAAGAUCGACGAGGACUUUCAAAUCAUGAUGCAGCGAAAUCAGCAACUGUCGGCGGCGGCGGCGGCCGCUGGAGGAGGUGGUGGAGGAGGCGGAGGUCGAGGAGGAGGAGGUGGGGGAGUCGGAAUGUCCGGCAACAGUUACUCGCUGCCGGUGUCGGUGCCGGUCAUUGGGACGUACAACGAUUCCAGCAUGCUGCAGAGCAGUCCACAGAUGGCACACAAUAGUAUUAGCCCGCGGCCUUCCAGCUCAGAAACGGACUCAGUGUAUCCCUCCGGCGGUCUGCUGGAAAUGUCCAACGGAUACCCCCACUCGGCGUCGCCCCUCGGCGGAUCUCCCAGCCCCGGACCGAGCCCAGGUAUUGGCACGCAUAACCACCAGCAUCAGCACCAGCACCAACAGCAUAACAGUAAUAAUAACAAUAACCAUAACCAUAACAAAAGUAAGCAUGGCCCGCUGCAACAUCAAUCGUUGAAGCAAAACUCACCGGGAAGUUCGAGUGCGAGGUCGUCCAACCUGCGGGUCGUGAUACCGACGCCGAUGAACCCGUCCAUGGGCAACGACGACAUGUCCUACGUGGAGCACUCGCGGCAACAGACGAACCUUAACACGCCGGUGGUGGCCCUCCAGACGCCGAUCCCGGGCCUGUCCAACUACACCACGACGCUGGGCUCGUUCGGGGCGCAGGACUUUUCCAUCAAUUCCGACCUGAGCAUGAUCGCGUCGUGGGGCGCGGCCGCCGCCAACAACGCCCACGCCGCCCAGAACGCCAUGAACUCGCUCGGCCAGCACUCGAGAAUCUUUUUCAGUAGCGGUCUGCCCCACCUGGCCGUGUCCAACAGCACCCCGCCUCCCUCAACCUCCCCCCUGUCGUCCGUAAAGAUCAAGGCGGAACCGAUUUCGCCCCCGCGGGAACAUCACUCGUCCUCGUCCCACCACCAGCACCAGCACCAGCAGCAACAGCAGCAGCAGCAGCAGCAACACCACCAUCACAGUAACAAUGGGCAGCAGCAGCACAACAAUCAGCUGACGGUGACGUCGAUGGCGUCCGUGAUUGGAGGCCACAGUAGCAAUUCGUCGAUGGGCAACAGUUUGAACCAUUCGCAUUUGAUACAUUCGCGGCCAUCGUCGACGGGACAUCUCACGCCGACGCCAGGUUCUCCUCUGUUUGCAGGUUCCGUAACGCCCACGAACGCACCCUCCCCGGUCGACAUCAGACACAUAAACGUCGGCGGCGGCGGCGGCAACUCGAGCCACCUGCCCGACUACGACUCGCCGGUUUCCUCGAACGCGCAUAAAAGACCCAGAAUAUCCGAGGGUUGGGCCACAUAG